CUACUUGCGCAGAACCUCUCCACGGCGGCAGCCAUCUUUGUAGAUAAGUGAAGACGGUCAGCGGUAGAAGGCACCGGUCAUCAACGGUUAGGGCGAUAUUUGGCAACACAAAACACAUCUCAGCACCUGGUGCACACCCAGACACCGAGCAUCUGCUGAAGCGCAAUGACGCAGCUGCUUCCCAUCCGAUUUCAGGAGCAUCUACAGCUCCAAAAUGUUGGCAUCAACGCCGCCAACAUUGGUUUCAGCACCCUCACCAUGGAGUCUGACAAGUACAUCUGUGUACGGGAGAAGGUGGGGGAAACGGCACAAGUUGUCAUCAUCGACAUGAAUGACACGGCCAACCCCAUCCGGAGACCCAUCUCGGCUGACUCCGCCAUCAUGAACCCCACAAGCAAAGUUAUUGCACUGAAAGCUGGCAAGACCCUUCAGAUCUUCAACAUUGAGAUGAAGAGCAAAAUGAAGGCCCACACAAUGACAGAUGAAGUGACUUUCUGGAAGUGGAUCAGUGUUAACACCAUCGGUCUCGUCACAGACAAUGCCAUCUACCACUGGAGCAUGGAAGGGGACUCUCAGCCACAGAAGAUGUUUGACCGCCACAGUAACUUGGCAGGCUGCCAGAUCAUCAACUACAGAACGGAUCCUAAACAACAGUGGCUGUUAGUCGUGGGCAUUUCAGCUCAGGUCAGUCCAAAUGAGCAAAACCGUGUCGUUGGAGCCAUGCAGCUGUACUCUGUGGAGCGUAAAGUCAGUCAGCCCAUCGAGGGACAUGCCGCAGCGUUUGUGCAAUUCAAGAUGGAAGGAAACCCUCAGCCAUCAACACUCUUCAUCUUCAGCGUCAGGGGACCCCAAGGAGGAAAGUUGCAUGUGAUUGAAGUUGGUCAACCACCUCAAGGAAACCAGCCAUUCCCCAAGAAGGCAGUUGAUGUCUUCUUCCCAGUCGAGGCUCAGAAUGAUUUCCCAGUUGCUAUGCAGACAAGCCAGAAGCAUGGCAUGGCUUUCCUCAUCACCAAGUAUGGCUAUAUCCACAUGUAUGAUAUCGAGACUGGAACCUGCAUCUACAUGAACCGCAUCAGCAGUGACACCAUCUUCGUCACCGCACCACAUGAGGCCACCAGCGGCAUCAUUGGAGUCAACAGGAAAGGACAGGUGCUGUCGGUCAGUGUGGAGGAGGACAACAUCGUGCAGUACAUCAACACCACCCUGCAGAACCCAGACCUGGCUCUCAAGGUGUCAUCGCGCAGCAACCUGCCCGGAGCCGAGGACUUGUUUGUCAGGAAAUUCAACAACCUCUUUCAGAAUGCACAGUACUCAGAAGCUGCUAAAGUUGCUGCUAGUGCACCCAAGGGCAUCCUGCGAACACCCCAGACAAUCCAGCGUUUCCAGCAGGUUCCCUCUCAGCCUGGCGCCACCUCCCCUCUCCUGCAGUACUUCGGUAUCCUGCUGGACAAGGGGCAGCUCAACAAGUACGAGUCUCUGGAACUGUGUAGACCUGUGCUGCAGCAGGGACGCAAACAACUCCUGGAGAAAUGGCUCAAAGAGGAGAAGCUUGAGAGCAGCGAGGAGCUUGGUGAUCUGGUGAAGCAGGCUGACCCAACACUUGCCCUGUCUGUCUACCUGAGAGCCAAUGUUCCAAACAAGGUGAUACAAUGUUUUGCGGAGACCGGUCAGUUCCAGAAGAUCAUCUUGUACUCGAAGAAGGUGAACUUCACACCCGACUACAUCUUCCUCCUGCGUAACAUCAUGCGCAUCAACCCCGAGCAGGGCCUGCAGUUUGCACAGAUGAUGGUGCAGGAUGACGAACCCCUUGCUGACCUCAAUCAAAUCGUGGAUGUAUUCAUGGAGUUCAACCUGAUCCAGCAAUGUACAUCCUUCCUGCUUGACGCCCUCAAGAACAACCGGCCAUCGGAAGGUCCCCUACAGACCAGGCUGCUGGAGAUGAACCUAAUGUCUGCACCACAGGUUGCUGAUGCCAUCCUAGGUAACCAGAUGUUCACACACUACGACAAAGCACACAUCGCCCAGCUCUGUGAGAAAGCAGGUCUCCUGCAGCGGGCCCUGGAGCACUACACAGACUUGUAUGACAUCAAGAGAGCUGUUGUACACACCCAUCUUCUCAACCCUGAGUGGCUGGUGAACUACUUCGGCUCACUGUCUGUGGAGGAUUCGCUUGAGUGUAUCAAGGCCAUGCUGACAGCCAACAUCCGGCAGAACCUGCAGGUCUGUGUCCAGAUCGCAUCCAAGUAUCAUGAGCAGCUUAGCACACAAAGUCUUAUUGAAGUCUUCGAGUCUUACAAAAGUUUCGAAGGACUUUUCUACUUCCUGGGAUCCAUCGUGAACUUCAGCCAGGAUGCUGAUGUUCACUUUAAAUACAUCCAGGCUGCCUGCAAGACCGGGCAAAUCAAAGAAGUGGAGAGAAUUUGUAGGGAGAGCAACUGCUAUGACCCUGAGCGGGUCAAAAACUUCCUUAAGGAGGCCAAGCUGACUGAUCAACUGCCACUGAUCAUUGUGUGUGACAGGUUCGACUUUGUACAUGACCUGGUUCUCUACCUGUACAGAAACAGCUUACAGAAGUAUAUUGAAAUCUAUGUACAGAAGGUGAACCCAGCUCGACUCCCUGUCGUGGUGGGAGGUCUGCUGGACGUAGACUGUGGCGAGGAUGUCAUCAAACAACUUAUCAUGGUGGUCAAGGGGCAGUUCUCCACUGAUGAGCUUGUGGCUGAGGUGGAAAACAGAAACAGAUUGAAGUUGCUGCUGCCAUGGCUAGAAACAAGAGUACACGAGGGAGUGAACGAGCCUGCAACACAUAAUGCUCUAGCUAAAAUCUACAUUGAUAGCAAUAAUAACCCAGAGAGGUUCCUCAGAGAGAACCAGUUCUAUGACAGUGUUGUCGUAGGAAAGUACUGUGAGAAGAGAGAUCCUCACUUGGCCUGUGUUGCAUACGAGAGGGGACAGUGUGAUCAGGAACUCAUCAAGGUGUGCAACGAGAACUCGCUGUUCAAGAGUGAGGCAAGAUACCUUGUUAGGAGAAAGGAUGUUGAGUUGUGGGCUGAGGUACUACAGGAGACCAAUGAGUACCGGCGCCAACUCAUUGACCAGGUGGUGCAGACUGCACUGUCUGAGACACAGGACCCAGAGGAGAUCUCCAUCACUGUCAAGGCCUUCAUGACCGCUGACCUGCCCAAUGAACUCAUUGAACUACUGGAGAAGAUCGUGCUGGAGAGCUCAGUGUUCAGUGACCACAGGAACCUACAAAAUUUGCUGAUUCUGACCGCAAUCAAAGCUGACCGUACUCGUGUGAUGGAGUACAUCAACCGUCUUGAUAACUAUGAUGCACCAGACAUUGCCAAUAUCGCCAUAAGUAAUGAGUUAUAUGAAGAAGCUUUCGCCAUUUUCAAAAAGUUUGAAGUCAACACAUCAGCCAUCUCUGUCUUGAUAGACAAUGUGAACAACCUUGACCGGGCAUAUGAAUUUGCUGAGCGAUGUAACGACCCUGCUGUGUGGACCCAACUGGGUCGCGCCCAGCUGAACAAAGGCAUGGUGAAGGAAGCAAUUGACUCCUUCAUCAAGGCUGAUGACCCCUCACAAUACAUGGAGGUGGUACAAGUGGCCAGUCAGAGCAACAACUGGGAGGACCUGGUUAAAUUCCUUCAAAUGGCCCGCAAGAAGGCCAGAGAAACAUACGUAGAAACAGAGCUAGUAUAUGCUUUCGCCAAGACCAACAGGUUUGCAGACAUGGAAGAGUUCAUCUCUGGACCCAACCAUGCUAAUGUCACUCAGGUUGCAGACCGAUGCUUUGAUGACAAGAUGUACGAAGCUGCUAAAUUAUUAUACAACAAUGUGUCCAACUAUGCCCGACUGGCCAUCACUCUCGUCCACUUGGGAGAAUACCAAGGAGCUGUUGACGGGGCUAGGAAAGCCAACAGCACGAAAACAUGGAAGGAGGUGUGCUUUGCUUGUGUAGACAAUGAGGAGUUUAGGUUAGCUCAGAUGUGUGGACUGCACAUAGUUGUACAUGCAGAUGAAUUAGAAGAACUUAUCAACUAUUACCAAGACAGAGGAUACUUUGAAGAACUUAUUUCCCUCUUAGAGGCAGCUUUAGGUUUGGAGAGAGCACACAUGGGUAUGUUCACAGAGUUAGCAAUAUUGUAUUCCAAGUAUAAGCCUGAGAAGAUGAGAGAACAUCUAGAGCUCUUCUGGUCCAGGGUCAACAUUCCAAAGGUUUUGCGAGCAGCUGAGCAGGCUCAUUUGUGGUCCGAGUUGGUGUUCCUGUAUGACAAGUAUGAAGAGUUUGACAAUGCAAUCCUAACAAUGAUGGCCCAUCCUACAGAAGCCUGGAGAGAAAGUCAGUUCAAGGAUAUUGUCACCAAAGUUGCAAACAUAGAGCUGUAUUACAAAGCUAUUCAGUUCUACCUGGACUAUAAACCAAUGUUGCUUAAUGACCUGCUCCUGGUUCUAACACCCAGACUUGACCACACACGGUCAGUCAACUUCUUCGCCAAGGCUAACCAGAUCCCGCUCGUCAAGCCUUACCUGCGGUCUGUUCAGAAAAAUAACAACAAGGCCAUUAACGAGGCACUCAACAACCUGUUUAUUGAGGAGGAGGACUACCAGGGACUUCGGGCAUCUAUUGAUGCGUAUGAAAACUUUGACAACAUCUCGCUGGCCCAGCGUCUAGAGAAGCAUGAGUUGAUUGAAUUCAGGAGAAUAGCAGCCUAUUUGUACAAAGGCAACAACAGGUGGAAGCAGUCUGUUGAUCUUUGCAAAAAGGAUAAACUGUUCAAGGAUGCUAUGAUGUAUGCAGGAGAGUCAAGACAAGUGGAUAUCGCAGAGGACCUGAUCGCCUGGUUUCUGGAGAGUCAAAACAACGAGUGCUUUGCUGCAUGUCUGUUCCAGUGCUAUGACCUUCUGCGGCCUGAUGUUAUCCUGGAGCUUGCAUGGCGACACAACAUCAUGGACUUCGCCAUGCCAUACAUGAUCCAGGUCAUGAGAGAAUACAUUGGCAAGGUGGACAAGUUGGAGCAGUCAGAGGCUGUGAGGAGUGAGGAGGAACAGAAGGCUGAAGAGAGGCCCAUUGUGUUCUCUGAACCUCAGUUGAUGUUGACAGCCGGCCCUGGAGUUGUCCCCCCUGGUGUUGUUCCUCCCCAGCCUGGCUACGGUGGCGCAUACGGUGCAGGACCAAUGCCAACAGGAAUGCCGUUCGGCUACAGCAUGUAGACAGCCAGUCAGUCAGCCCUCAUCACUGCCUGUCUGACAGUCUGGCCUAGUCCCUGGACCACACCAUUCACUCAUGAGUCGAGCAGUGUAAUAUACGCUCCCACCUGCCUGCACUUGUGUCAUUUGGCUGUAUCGCCACCCAUCCUUGCGACAGGGAGGCAUCAGCGUUAGAAUCAUGUGAUUACUGGCUUGCUAGCAUAAGUCAUAAGCUGAAUCAGAACUCAACUGGUGUAAUGAUAUGAAAUUUUAAUCCCUUGUAUACAUAACAUAUUCACAUUCCUUUAUGAAAUACAGAUGUUUGCAAAUUUUCCUUUUUUUUUUACUAUUUGUUUGGAGCCUUGGCUCUCCAUGUGAGCUGCCUAAAGAUACUCUUUCCUGACCUGAUUCACUCUCUUGGAAACCAUUAGUAUUUAUUGUUACAUCGUGAUGAUGGUCAUAGUUGUUUCCGAUUUCAUUCAAGCAUAUUUCCACACGUCAGGGUUCUAGACAAAUACUGGGUAGUAUUGAAGUUAGAUGUUAAUCUAUUCGUGUGUGUUCUUGUUAAUUGGACUGCCUCGUAUUGUAUGGUUGGAACAGUCGAUCACUGAGUGUCUGCCGAGUGCGAGCGAAGUUACCACGUCGAGUAGUGCCAUGAACCAUUUAGCAUAUGGGCAUACGUAUGUACGUCAUAGUCACUCUGUGCAAUUAGAAUACCUGUCUCCUCCUGCCUGUUCAGGGGAAGCAAGCAGCUGUAAAAGUUAGAGGCAAAUGUCUAGCAUUCAGUUUCCAUGGUGUAAAGCGGCUACCGACUGCAUAGUGACACCACUGUAGGUUCCUACCGGAGUCUGUCGUCACGGAGAUCGUAGGCUAUGUAUAUUGUGCAUGUAUCUAUAGAAUUGAAACAUAUGUAAGUAAUCGGCUUUGUUGAGUACUAAACUGUGCAGAGCUUCAAGCGAUGCAAUUUGUGAACUGUGAAUGCAUCGGGCUGUAUUUCUUAAUUACAGGUCCUUUGUUAUGCGUUUGUUUGGUUGGUUAUGUUGUUUCUUUGCAAUGUACAAAAUCUAAAUAAUUCUGAUUUUUAACUAGCCACGUGAUCAAGGUACAUACAGUUAUAUUCAUGUCAUUAUUAUUACAUGUUACCAAUGUGUAUUAUUAUUAAUAUUAUUAUUAAAAAUGGUUUUAUUAUAUUAGGCAAAUCAUGUUGAACCCUACUUUGGAAGGGUAGAGAUGAAAAUAGUGUGACAUUCAUUCUCCUAUAGACCUGCGUCCUGUUAUCAAACAUGAAGCUGAAUUAAUUCAAAAGUCUGACAUCAUCUAGGGGAAACUGCCCUUAGAAAAUGUUGUAGAUGUACCAGAUACACGUCAUCAAUAAAUAAUGUAUAAAUAUA